CGCCACAGUGAUGUGUCGUCUGAUGAUGUGGAGCACUGAAAGCCAACGCCACGGCGAGGCUCUGAGUUGAAAAUCAAUCCAACAGUUUUUAUCCUCCUGUCAGCACCAUGGAGAUAGAGUCCAAAUCCUACACCCAACAUGGCCACUGAAAAAAGACUGUCUGCUAGACGCAAGCACACUCUGAAGAGCUGCAUGCUUGUGGUCGCAAACAACUUACUGGAGGCUGAAUCUCAAGUGAAGGCCAAAGAGAGGGAGACGUUUCUGGCAGAGAAAUGUCCUCCUUUGGAUGUGCCAUAUUCCAGGGAAGAACUAGUGGAACUGUGCAAGAAACUUCAUCAGCAGAUCAAUAUAAGUGAAGAGGAGAGAUACUGCACAGAAUUCAAACUGAACAUGGUCCUCAAUGAGGUCAGGGACCUAAACAUCAAGAUCGUGGAUCUCAGAGGAAAGUUCAAAAGACCACGACUGAAGAAGGUGCGUAUGUCCGCUGACGCCAUGCUGAAGGCUCUGCUGGGCUCCAAACACACGGUCAACAUGGACCUGAGGGCCAACCUGAAGCAGGUCAAGAAGGAGGUCAAGGAGGAGGACAAGCAGCUACGUGACGUGGGAGAUUGGCGCAAGAACAUUGAAGACAAGUCUGACAGGAAGAAGAUGUUUGACAGUUAAAUAUUAUAUCUAUCAAAGCCUAACAGCCCUAACAGAAUGAGGGUUUUUUUUUUUUUUGAGGUGGUGUUUUGAGGUCAUGAGCAGUCAAUAUCACACUUACAGCAGAAAAUGUUCUUAUGGACUUAUUAACUUUCUAAAAACAGCUACUGACUAAUCAGAGCUUUGUUCAUUCAUUCAUUCAUUCAUUCAUUCAUUCAUUCAUUCAUUGUGUAUGCCUUUGUUAUAACAUGAACACAUCAACAUGGAAUGAGAAGAUGAACUUGUCUUGCUACUUUUCUGGUUCUGAUCACUGCAGCAGGUUGUGAUAAAGCUGAAGCAGCUUUAAUUUGAAAUGAUAAGAUUGAGUCAUGGAGUAAGUGUGACAGAGAAUGAGGAUGACACAACAGAGCUUUGCAUAUAUUUGAAGGAUUGAUGGUUUUUGAAGCGUCAUAACAGAGUCCAUUUCCACCAUUUUAAAGGUGUGAUUCCAGGCAGACGUAUGUCACACACAAUCACUUAAUUAUUUUCUGAAACAAGUUUUGUUUCAACAUUUUGAUGAUAUUCAGUGAAUUAUCUGCAGCGAGUAAAGCAUUGACAACUCAUAACCCCUCAGCAGAACUCCACUAAAAAUCUCCGAACUGUCCCUUUUAUCACAGUUUUUAGGGCUAAAUCGAAGGUGAAAUCAUUGUCUGCACAAGUAGGAAAUGAUUCAGUUCUUGACUUUACAGGUUUAAAUUGUAGCAAAAUGCUUUCCAACAAAAAAGCCAAUCUAAGCAUCUAGAAUCUAUAAAUACCCCUGAUCGUCUGAAGACAAUCAGAAGUACAGCCUCUAGCUGGCCAUCAUUGAUAAAGUUUUAAUAAGUUUAAAAACUGUAUCCACGUAAUGUUUUACAAGAAAGUCAAACUUGUCAUCCUUCUUAAAAGAAAAUUAACAAUGAGGUUAGAACUGAGUGUACAGUCCUUCAUAUUACAUUUUAUUCAAAAUUACUGCAUGGAAGAACUUAAGCAUGAAUUUCAGAUGUCACUUUUCACAGUAAAUUCCCUUAUGAACUUAUGAAAAGACAAGAAUUACUAAUAUUAAUGCCAAAUUUCUCCCCAUUUUUGUCUGACGAUAAUGGCUUCCCCCCACCCCUUGCUUUGAUACUUGACUUGAGAUAUACUUUUCUUUCCUAUUAUAGAAGGGACAGAAAUCCAUCCAAGCUUUCUUUGGAGUCCUUAUUUGAAAAGCUUUAAUACAGAAGUUUAACGUAAAAAUGAAGUCAACAUAAAAAUGUUCAUUCUGUUUCAUGUAGCAUGUUAUGUCAUCUUGUCUAAGAAAAUCUGAAAUUAAAUGCACAAUCCUCAACU